AUGGGCAAAAUCUACUCCGCCGCAUCCCAAGUCCUAGUCUGGCUCGGUCCUGCCUCGCACAACUCCGAUUCUGUCAUGCAGCUCUGGGCCGCCGUCGGCCAAGAAGUGCGCGACAUGGGCAUCGAAAGGUACUACACCAAAGAAGGCUGGCCCCUCCUCCACGACAUCAUGUCCAACACCGACCCCUCCGACCCCGAGACACGGCAGUACCAAGCCCUGCUUCAAAAACACGCACCCGAUUUCGCUGCUCAGAUCCGCGACGGAAGCAUCAAAUCCUGGUUUGAAAGGCCCUGGUUCACCCGUGCGUGGGUGACACAAGAAUUCUGCCUCGGCCCCGACACCGUCCUUGUUUGCGGCGAUCAAAAGCUCGAUGCCGACUUGGUGAUGCUCGCGGGGCAGAUACUAAGUUACUCCAGCUUGCUCCUCGUCCGCCCGCCUUAUUGCCUCACCGUGGAGGAGUUAUCCUCUCUUGACGAUCCCACGGCGGAUUUCUUCAGCUGUCGGAAGCGUCGGAGGGGUUAUGAGACUAAGACUGGGGAUGGAAAGGGCGACACGCUUUUCGUGCUGUUGAAAAAGAUGUUUGUCGGCAGGGAGACGUACGCAAAAGUUUGGAGGGACAGGGUCUACUCGCUGCUGGGACUGGCGGUGGAUGCAGAGGUGUUGGGGAUCAGGCCUGAUUAUGGGGACUUGUGGGGGGAGGAAAAGACGGUGGAGAUUAUGACUGAUAUGGCGAGGAGGAUGAUUACGAAUGAUUACUCCAAACGGGUGGAUGUGUUGUGUUAUUCGGGGUUCCCAAAGGUAGUUCCAGGGCUGCCGUCUUGGGUGCCGGAUUGGAAGACGAAUACGGUCAAGUCGUAUUAUCAGGUGCAGAAGGUGGUUUAUCCGCAUUAUUUUGCGGCUUGCGGGGAGGGGAAUCUGGAGGUUCAAGUGGUGCCAUCUUGGUCAACACGGGUGCUGGGGUUGGGGGGUUUUGGGUCGAUACUGUUGACAUGCUGCCUCCGGGAGAUGGCAAGGAAGUCUGGUCUGAUGUGCACAGAUGGGAUGGGCCGCGCUUGA